GCGCGGCCGUGACGCGCUGAUGAAUGGAACAGCAAAACCUGAGAGCCGCUCAGGUGACUGGAAGGCAGCGGGGGCCGGACAGCCACACCCGGGGGGCCGGGCGACCGGGCGACCACACCGGGGGGCCGGGCGAGCACACCCGGGCUGCGUCACAUCCUACAGCAAGUGAGCGGCUGGUCUCCCUGGCAAGUCACAGAAGGAUCGGUGACCAGUGUCAGCGCCCUGAAAACUAAAACCGCCUUCGAGAGCAAACAGAGGCUGUGUGGGCUUGUGGAGCGAAGGGUUCCAUCGGAUGGAGGGUGACGGAGAGCGGCAGCGUCCCUGACGGGUCCCCCUCUCCCGCCCGGCACCGUACCGCUAACUACCGCUUAACGUUGCAGAGUUUGGCUAAAAGUGGCGCCGGGUUCCCCUGAACAAGCGGCCGGUGAGCAGGUCCUGUCACUGUGUGAUUCAUUCUAAUGACCCUCCACUGCAACUUCAGCACCUCAAAUCGAUGUAAUGUGAACGGUAUAAACAACGGGGUUAUCAUCAUCCCAGUGAUCCUCGGCAUUUCGUCUGUGGUUCUCAUCACCAUAAUCAUAUGGAAGACUUGUAAAAUGAAACAAGAGAGGGACCGUGCCCCAGUUAUCCUCUUGCAAGGCAAAUCUGAAUCUGUACGUCAUUUGGAGAGCGAAAAUGGAUUAAUGUCAAAUGCAAUGGAACGGAUUCUGGCAGGCAAGGAUCCCUCUCUAAAACGGUGGGAAAUUCCACCAGAGCACAUACUUGGGAAUUUGGAAUAUUUGCAGAGUGGGAGUUAUGGACCAAUGUAUACAGGCAAUAUCCGCUCUCCGGAUGGGUCUGCAGAAGUGAAAGCUGUGUUCAAGUCUCUUCAUGACAAUGCAAGUGCAAAGGAAUUGAGUGACUUCUUAGACCUGCUGAAGUUCCACACAAAGAUCUGUAAUCAUGAGUCCAUUGUGAAGCUGCUGGGAUGUCAAACGGAGAGAAUGCCCCUGUACUUGUUCUUGGAGUUCGUGAGUGGGGGAAACCUAUUGCACUCCUUGUGGAAAUUUCGUGAGACUGAAGCUCGAGAUGGAGAAAGGGAAUUUAACCUCACUGAGAGAAGUGUGUAUAGCAUCGCGAAACAAGUAGCAUGUGGACUGGAAUAUCUGACUACAAAACACCACCUAAUCCAUGGGGAUGUUGCUGCCCGGAAUGUUCUGAUCCACAACGAUCUCACUGUUAAACUGACUGGCCUGAGCCUGGCCUUUGAUGUUUACAAGACCAGAACUCUGUCAUCCCACAAAGCAGCCCAGGUACCGAUUAAGUGGCUUGCACCCGAGAGGAUCAUGAAGCUGCCAAUCACAGAAAAGAGUGACACGUGGUCAUUUGGGAUUCUGGUCUAUGAAAUAAUUACUCUAGGUUCUCCUCCAUAUCCCGAGUUUCAGCCUCUGGAAGUUUUCCCAAAACUACAGAGAAAUUAUAGAAUGCCCAAACCAUCUAAUAGCAGCAGUGCACUAUAUGAUUUGAUGAAACAUUGCUGGCAGUGGAGGGCAUAUGAUCGGCCAAACUGGUCAGAGUUGAUCAAUAAACUGAGCUCCUUGAUGAAUGCAGUUGAUGGGGUUGAAUUGCUGCAGGUAUCUGAUAGCCUGGACCUUGACCAAUACAAACAAGCUGCUGGGGUUUUCUAACAAAAAGGACGGUGCGAAAGCAGCUGGGCUGGGACCACUUCAUAACUGAAAGUGGUCGGAGCUGGGUGCUCAUCACAGGCCACGAUGAGCGUUGAUCUCAGGAGCAGAAUACUGUCUGCGACGUAGAACGGGAAUUGCACUCUGGAUGACCAAACCAAAAACUGAAUGGAUUGGAUUAUGCAAUGGAUUAACCCAACAUUGUGUUGCGAUGGCAAACUUGGGGGAGCUCUUUUAAACUGAAGUAACCAAGCAACAGAAGUUUGCACUGUUGCUGGUGAAAUUCAGUGACGGCUUGAAUCUAAUACAAAACCAGCACCCACAACUAUACUGAUGUUUGACAGUUGAAGAAAGAGGAAUGUUCUGGAAGGGAACAUGUGAUUGUCAGAAAUGGGGAGUAGUGAGAAGUUCAGAAUAUUAGCCUUAAAUAUAAUUAAAAUGCUAGAGUAGAGUUAAUAUCUAAAAGGUAAUGAAUGGUAACAUCUGUUGUAAACAAUAGACUGCACCGAUGAGUCUUUUCCUGCACACUGACCCUGUCUGCUGUGGAAUUCUAAUAGGGAUCAUCAGUUUCUUUUUUGGCUUCAGCCCACUCCACUUGUAAACCAGGCUUCGACUGAAACGUCGGAGGAAUUCUGCAAUCAUCUCACUGAGAUUGUAACUGUAGGAGCAAUUUUCUUAUGGGAGGUGGGAUUGUGGUGGGGAUCUUUGACUGAAAAACACAUGAAGAUUAUCCUGGCAAUAUUCCAGUAUCUCCAGGAGUCCCUAUAUUGUACAGGAACACAUCUGAAUAAACUUGCAGAAAAGACAUUUAGAUCUGGUUAAAGUUAAAUCUGGUUUCUAGCUUUGGUGGGUUCUAAUGUCCCCAGAAUGGAACAUUGCAAUCGCUGGGGAAUGGCAGAAGCUAUAUCUCUAGAUCAAUUGUGACUUCCUUCAAUUACUUCUCCCAAACCCCAGCACCCAGCUCUCCUGACAUUACUGACAUUGGACAGCAUUGCUUUUCUUACAAAAAAAAAGUGUUUUGUUUCUGGGCAAUGCAACAAAGCAAGCCCUGGUGGAUGCCUCUCUGUGGCCCAAAGGAGAACCCCUCAGUAGUUCUCCGACCUCUGACCCACCCAACAUCAGCUACUUUGAAACCACCCAGGAUUCAUACUUUUAUCUGCUGGCCUGUAUAAUGUACUAGAAUGAUGCUACCUUUACUCAUUAAGAUGUGAAGAUUUAGUUUAAAAAAUUAACCUGUGGUUUCAUAGAAAGAGGGGCAUAGUCAGCAGGAAACAACUGAUCACUUCCUAGAAACGACACUAUGGAAAGUCUGUUUGUUGAGUACAGUAAAUCUUUAACUCUCCAUCAAUUGAGGGACCUCACUUAACCAAUAUGGUGAACAAUGUGAUUAAAUCAGUAACUCAAAAGACAAAAUUGGGGCAUGGCUGUUGAAUAUUCCUCACCUUGUUGUAACAUGGGAUUCCAACAUUAAGGAAUUUCGCUCCCCCUGGUUGUGUUCAUCACCAGUGUACAAGAUCUUAUUCUAAAUCCGUGUUGUCUUCAACUGUAACCAACUUUCCAUUGGGGUCUAAUAUGUGUUAACAUUUUAGGUUAAUACAUAUAGCUUGAGCAGCGUGUCAGUGCAUAAACGUGUAUUCUUAACGUGGCAAACCUGAUACAGGUAUUUGUUAAAUAUUAAUAGUGAAAUACACUGGAGAGAAGCCUUGGCGUGGAAUUUCAUAAUUGAUUCUGUUUUCUUCAAAGAAUAAAGUUCCUGUCUGUGGUAAUGCAAUGAUUUGUUUACAGGCUUUAGAGCGAUAACUCAUGAAGCUUUUCUUCUGGAGCUAUUAGUGUCAUUUUCCUUAUAAUCAGCACAUCACAAGUGCAUGGUUUUGUCCCGCAGCCUGUACUACUCAGCAAAUUAAACAGCUCGGUAUCACAAGGAAGCUGAAGGUUUGUAGAGCAGCCACUUGGCAGUGUCAGUCCUUGUGUAAUGCUGACCUGGUAUCUGUGUUGUCAUGUAGUUAUAAUAAAGAACUACAGUUCCUAGUAGGCAAUGCAAGGGGUCACAUGGGGGAACCAGAAGUGGUUGUAAAAAAAAGAGAGGGAAAGCAAGCUAGGCUGGUGUUGUUGGUUAAUAAAAUGUUCAGAUGUUAAAUC